AUGACCGUGGACAGGAUGAAGGCCAUCAUCUUCGUGAGUGCUACCUGCCAUCUUCUCGUCGUCAUCUUCCACCUCCUCGGUGACCAACUGAGUGCAGGACACCGAUCGAGUGCAGCUCAGCUACACAUCAGAUCGGUCAUCAAGGAGACCUUAAGGCUUCACCCGUCGGCCCCGCUGUUACCAAGGAUCUGCACCAAGACCUGCGACGUCCCCGGCCACGAGAUCCAGGCCGGCACGCGCGUCUUCGUCAACGUGUGGGCAAUGGGCAGAGACCCACAUAACUGGGACGACGCCGAGAGCUUCAAGCCUGAGAGGUUCCAAGGCAGCGCCAUGGACUUCAGGGGAGUCGACUUCGAGUACGUGCCGUUCGGGGCAGGGCGAAGGAUGUGCCCGGGGAUAGGGCUCGGGAUGGCCACGGUGUAG